AUGGAUGAGGGCAAUGGCAUGCCAUCUUCACCUUCCCCAUAUCUCUGCCAUUCCCCCAACCCGACCCCGCUUCCCCACCAUUCGCACACCUACUUCUUCCCACCUCUCCUACCACAGCUAUCUUUCCUGCUUCGCGUCCCCAUCCUGCAGUGCAAUGGAGGGCAAGGAGAGAGUGGUGAUGCCCCUCCUCAUCCCCCCUUCCCUCUCACCAUUUCCCCAACCCCCUUUACACACCCCUUCCAUUUUUCCAUCCCCCUUCCCUUUGUCCAUCCCCCUUCCCCUUUUCCAUCCCCCUUCCCCUUUUCCAUCCCCCCUUCUCGCUUUCCAUUCCCCCUUCCCCUUCCCCGUUCACCAUUCCCCCUCCACAUCCCCCUUCGCCCUAUCCAUCACCCCGCCCUCCAGAUCCCCCCUUUCCCUCCCCAUCCCCGCUUGCCCUCCCCAUCCCUCCUCGCUCUCCCCAUCCCCGUCGCCCUCCCCAUCCCCCCUCACCCUCCGAACCCCCUUUCCCCCUCCCCAUUCCCCCUCACCCUGCCCAUUCCCCCUGUACCUCCGCAUCGCCCCUCCGCCCUUCACAUACGCCCUUGA